AUGAAUUCCUACGAGUGGCUUAGGUCUCUGAGAGACCCGGACCCGCUGGGGUCGUUGGAAAACCAGAGCGGCGUUUCCUCUAGCGUGUCCAAAGACAACGGUAAUGGCACCAACAAGGAGGGCGAGGCGGGGGAGGAUACAGCGGCGUGGCGUUCGGCGGAGGGCAUCGACGUCAGCGGCACAAGCAAUGGCCACAGCGGUAACGAUGCCGCAGUUUGCACAACCCCGGACCGCGAGAGGCACAAGCGCCAGCGGAGAGCCUCCCCCUCCUGCUCCUCCUCCUCGCCCAAGCCGGAACGCGGCGGCAGCGCUCCUAUUGUGACUCAUGGCGAGGGUCUUGCCGAUGCCGUCGCCGCCACGGGCAACGAGAACAACAAGAACAGUGGUUCCUCAUCCGGCGAAAACAACAGCAGUGCUUCCUUGCUGUCCGGUGAUAGAGGCUCGCACCACGGAUCUCUUCACACGGUGUGCAGCUUUCAACCGAACUCCCCCCUGCCCGCUGGGGACAGCCUUUCGAGCAUCGUCAACGCAGCGGAGACUACGCGACAGAGUGUGGCUGCGGCGGGGGGCUCCGCAGGGAACGGGGAUGUGUGGGGGGGUGGCGCACUGGUCAAGACCAUGUCGGAAGGGGCCACCCAGAUGGUGAGCGAGCUGGGUGAACUGGGACAUCGACAAGGAGAGGCUUUAUCGAAGAUCGACAGCCUGGGUCUCCAGCUAACCAACCUGCUGGACCCCGCACUUUUAGACGAAAUGAUCAUGUUAGACAGUACCAAUGAUGGUGGUGCCUUGGAUGUCGAUGAUACCACCGCUGCCGUCGGCAAUGAGACAGCAACACCAACAGCAGCACCAUCAGCAGCCACUAUCCCUGCCUUCGGCGAUGGCAAUGGCGUGGCAGACCCCUCCAUCAACACCGGCUAA